AUGGCGGACUGGAGCUUCCUCCGUAAAUCAGGCCUUACUAUCCAUCAGAAAAUUCACACACAGGAAAAGCCCUAUGGAUGUAAUGAAUGUGGGAAAACCUUCCGCCAGAAGUCACCCCUUAUAAUACAUCACAGAAUUCACAUGGGAGAGAAACCCUAUGAAUGUACUGAAUGUGGGAAAACAUUCUACCAGAAGUCUGCACUCACUCUACACCAGAGAACUCACACAGGUGAGAAGCCCUAUGAAUGUAAAGAAUGUGGGAAAUCUUUUUACCGUAACUCAGCCCUCACUCUACAUCAGAGAAUUCACACAGGUGAGAAACCCUAUGAAUGUAAAGAAUGUAGAAAAACUUUCUGCCAGAAGUCAGCCCUCACUCUACAUCAGAGAACUCACACAGGUGAGAAACCCUAUGAAUGCAAAGAAUGUAGGAAGUCUUUCUACCAGAAGUCAAAACUAAGAGUACAUCAAAGAACUCACACAGGCGAGAAACCCUAUGAAUGUAAAGAAUGUAGGAAAACUUUCUGCCAGAAAUCAGCUCUCUCUCUACAUCAGAGAAUUCACACAGGUGAGAAACCCUACGAAUGUAAAGAAUGUGGGAAAACUUUCUUCUGUAAGUCAGCCCUCACUCUACAUGAGAGAAUUCACACAGGUGAGAAACCCUUUGAAUGUAAAGAGUGUAGGAAAACUUUCUACCAGAAGUCAAAACUGACAGUACAUCAGAGAACUCACACAGGAGAGAAACCCUACGGAUAUAGUAAAUGUGGAAAAGCCUUUUGCCAAAAGUCAAGCCUCAGGGUGCAUCAGAAAAUUCACACAGGAAAGAAACCUGUGUAG